AUGAUGGACAACUGUCUCUCCUCAGACCCAGAGACCGGCGGCCUCGGCUGCGACAACAUGACCAUGGUCAUCGUCGGCCUGCUGCACGGCAAGACCAAGGAGGAGUGGUACAACACCAUUGCAGAGCGCGUGGCCAACGGCGACGGGCCCUGUGCUCCCCCAGAAUACGCCAGCUUCCGUGGCCCAGGCGUGCGUCCUCAAUUCAACGAAGGCUCAGACUAUGACUCGGCUGGCCCGGCCGGCCGGUCAGGCAGAAUCAUCCUGCUUGGAGACGGCACCGAGGUGCUCACCGACAUGGGUGACGAGGAGAUGUUUGACAGCGCAGACGAAGACAAGGACCUAGAGAGCCAGGUCCGGAGAACCACCGACGCCGAUGCUGAUGUCGAUGCUGAUGCUGACGAGGCCGGCGAGACCAACGACGCCGCCGAGACUGAACGGAGGCAGCAGCGAGAAGGCACGCCAGGUCCUCGAGCGGCUUCAUCAAACGCCAAUUCCGCUGACUCGGCUUCGGUUUCGACGUCCGCUACCUCUGCCCCCAUUGCUGCCCUGACCGAAUCCCCGCGUGUCAUCUCAGCCUCCCCCUUACCAACCGCCGACUCAUCCCCGAACUCCGUUUCAGAUACCAGGCGGUCGUCGUAG